CUCCCCUCCGCGCGGGACGGCGGCGCGUCACGGGAGGCUGCAUGGGGCUCCCGCGCAGCUCGCUCUUAUGCCCGGUGCUCCUGCUCGCGGUUGCCUGCUGUGGGGUCCUCUUAGCCCUGUACUCCUCGGCGGUGCAGUGGGACCCCGAGCCCGGGGCCGGAGCCAGGGAGACCGCGCUAUCUCGAGCAUUCUUGGGACUGAAGGCAUCGGAUUCUAGGACCAGAAAGGGCCGGCUCUGCCGACACCCGCUGCACCUGGCGGUCGGGCGGCACCGCCGCUUCCGGAGGCUGUUUGAUUUCUCCUCCCCAGUGCUGCUGUGGGGGGGCCUCCUCACCCCGGAGCUCUGGGACAGCCUGAGCCAGCACAGGGCCCCCUACGGCUGGCAGGGGCUCUCUCGCCAAGUCAUCACCUCCACCCUGAGCCUUCUCAAUGGCUCGGAAAGCGCAGAGCUGUUCCCCUUGUCCGGGGAGCCGCCGCCCGGCUGCGUCCGCUGUGCCGUGGUGGGUAACGGAGGCAUUCUCAACGGGUCCCGCCAGGGCGCCAACAUCGACGCCCAUGACUAUGUGUUCAGGCUCAAUGGCGCUGUGAUCAAGGGCUUCGAGCGCGACGUGGGCACCAAGACUUCUUUCUACGGUUUCACUGUGAACACGAUGAAGAACUCCCUCAUCUCCUACGGCAAGCUCGGCUUCACCUCUGUGCCGCAGGGACAGGACCUGCGCUACAUCUUCAUCCCCUCAGGCAUCCGAGACUACGUGAUGCUGAGAUCGGCCAUCCUGGGUGUGCCCGUCCCCGAGGGCCGCGAUGAAGGGGACAGGCCUCACACCUAUUUCGGACCAGAAGCCUCUGCCAGUAAAUUCAAGCUGCUACAUCCGGACUUCAUCAGCUACCUGACAGAGAGGUUUUUGAAAUCUAAGUUAAUUAACACAAAUUUUGGAGACCUAUAUAUGCCUAGUACUGGGGCCCUCAUGCUGCUGACAGCUUUGCAUACCUGUGACCAGGUCAGUGCCUAUGGAUUCAUCACAAAGAACUACCAGAAAUUUUCUGACCACUAUUUCGAACAAAAAAAGAAGCCAUUGAUAUUCUAUUCGAACCAUGACCUGCUCCUCGAAGCCACCCUGUGGAGGGAUCUGCAUAAGGCAGGUGUCCUUCAGCUGUACCAGCGCUGACCCCAAAGCACCAAGCCCUUUGCUUCUUGAAGAGCUGUGAUCUUGGUCCCCUUGAGUGGCCAAACGCCUUUGACUCUUCGGCCCCCCUUAUCCCCACCACAGGACACUGGGGGAGAUUUGUGACUAUCAUCAAGGCCUGUCCAAUGCAGGACACCCUAUCCUGUCCUUGGCUCAUCCAAGAAAACUCUCUGGAUCUGAGACAGACAUCCCAACCUUGGCCAAGGGAAAAGGGACUGCUUUGCUGGGUUUUUACCAGGCGACUUUAAGAACGUCGGCAGAGCAACUCAGAGCCUGUUGGUUGACCACGAUGAAGCAGCACUACAGGCAAAAAACAAGCCCCCCCCCCUACACACCCAGUGUGUCACACCACACACAAAGGCCAACGCAAUCCAACUCCAGGACACCUCCGAAGAGCCUUUCUGAGAACAUGAUAGACUUCUGCCCCAUGGCAGUGGGUGAAAAGGCAGAAUGUAAUGAGACUAGGUAACUGCAUAAACGAUGGAUGACUGUUUUGUCUUUCUGUGCUGGUUAAAGUAGAGAAAUCAUAUGUAAUGCAGGGUGUUUAGGAUGGAGAUCAUGCUCCAAAUCCAAGAACACUGGUACUUAAUAGGGGACAAUUGCUCAGUAGCCUUCCUGCCACUAAGUCCUAUUAAAGAUGUAUCACCAUCUUGUCACCAACAGGAUGACAUUACCAGGUAAUAAACCCUCAAUCUCA